AUGCCGGGGAAUUCGAAUUCCAGGUGUCAUUUAAGAGGAGCGAACAAAACUCUGAACAGCGGUGUGGCCACUGCUGCACCAAAUGCCCGAGUAUCCUCCGCAGGAGCUGGCGCACGUGUAGAGGUACAGAAAAACAAAGGGAAGGCGGCUGCCAUUGCUGCCAUUGCCAAGCACCAUCCAGUUGCAGCAACCGGGCAAGCAGCAACAGAUUUCCAUUCACCGCUGGUGGCUGAGUGUAGCUUGCGGCCAAGACCGUUUCUAGGUUGUGCCUCACAUGUGCCAUCAUUGCUGGGGGCAAUUUCCCCUUCCUCGCCAUUACGGAAGCACCAGACAAACCUGGGACCCAAGCCCCUGUCAACAUCUCCUGCAUAUACUGCUCAGGAGAAGGUAGAGACAGCGGGACACUCGGAGAGGGAGACAGCAACAACCGCAGCUGCAACGCCACCCGUCAGCCAGAGCGGGGUCCUUUCUACUGCAGAACAGUUCAGCAAAACAGAAACGCAUAGUAGGCACGCUAGCAGUGCUAAAUCUGGAAGAGCAGAACAUAACUUAGCGCAGACUUCUCAAAGCUGCCUAGAACCUCCUGAAACUCCUGGAUUCGAUGACGAAGUUUACCAAAAUCGUGGGGAACAAGCAAGAGAAGGCGAGGAUUUAAGAGAUACUGCAAAGGGGUUCGCGCUGCUGCGCCAUAGCGAGGUGUCCUUUGUAUGCGUUAAGGCGCUUGUAUCUUUUCUGGCGACUUGCUGCACCCUCAGUCACUUUGGGAGUGACGAAAGACUACAACAGGUCAACGAUCUUUCUACAUCGCCAUUUCACUGUUCAUUCAGGCCACAUAUUGGACUUGAGGAAUACUUGGUGAAACGUAUUUUCCGGCAUGGGAAACAAACUAUAAAUGAAGGAGUGAUGGCUAUUGCUCUUCUCAGCCGGUUCCUUUGCAAGCAAAAUGCCUUGCUUUCUGCUGCACUCCUCGAAAACAGCCACCAGCAGCGCCAGCAACAACAAUUCAAUAAUUUUAGCAGGGACACAACACUUUGCGACAAGGAUGCCCGUCCUGGGUCGGCGAUAUUCAGGGAUGCACCAACCAAUGAAGGCUUUGCAGCAACCGCAGCUCGCAUUGGCUACAUAGAGUUCAACUACUUGACUGCCCAUAGGCUGCUCUUGACUGCUGCAUUUUUGGCAAGGAAAACGCAUAGGGACGACCACACAAGCAUCAGGCACUGGGCUCAGCUUGGUGGGGUUCCAGUUGAAGACCUGGUAGAGGCAGAGUCCGCAUUCGUGCAAGUUGUCGAAUGGCGGGUCCAGGUGACACUUGAGGAGUUCUUUGGUGUAAGGACUGUCCCGACCACUCCUCGAGCCCGCGAGCCCACUGACACUACAGUAGCAACUCAUCAGCAAGGAAAAGUUGUUGACUCUUGA